UGUGUAAACAGUAAUCUGUCCAGUAGGUGGCGAUAAUAAAAUUGAUGCGGGAAUGGUUGCGAAGAUCGCAAGAAAAGCUUAAUAUUUAAACAUGAAAGCGUUUUCAUCGCUGAAAAUACUUAAUUGCGCAUUAAAAUGUAAAAGAUUUUACAGUGGAGAUGUUCGAGUUCGGUUUGCACCUAGUCCUACUGGAUCUAUGCAUAUAGGAGGAUUGAGGACAGCUCUCUGUAAUUAUUUAUUUGCCAAGAAGAACGGAGGAAAAUUUAUCCUUAGGAUAGAAGACACUGAUUUGAAAAGAAAAGUUCCUGGUACUGCAGAACACUUAAAUGAAAUAUUAAACUGGUCUGGUUUAAUUCCAGACGAAAGCCCAUAUGUUGGAGGUCCUUGUGCUCCUUAUGUUCAAUCAGAAAGAAUACAUUUAUAUCAGAAUGCAGCUGGUCAAUUAAUUCAAAAAAAUGCUGCUUACAGAUGUUUUUGCACUAAAGAAGAACUUGAUUUAAGAAAAAAGAGAAUUCCAAAGUUUGGUUAUGAUAAUAUGUGCAGACAUCUGAGUAAACAAGAAAUUAAUGACAAGUUGUCUGCAGGGCAGCCAUAUGUUGUUCGAUUUAAGUUAGAAAACAAAGAUAUUACAUUUAACGAUAUAAUAUAUGGCACAAUAACAAUUAAAGUGACUGAAUCUGAAGGAGAUCCAGUAAUAUUAAAAAGUGAUGGCUAUCCAACAUAUCAUCUUGCAAAUGUUGUAGAUGAUCAUUUAAUGAACAUUUCUCAUAUUUUAAGAGGAGUUGAAUGGCAGUCAUCUACACCUAAACAUAUUAUGUUGUAUAAUGCAUUAUCUUGGACCAUUCCUAAAUAUGCUCAUUUACCUCUUGCUCUGAAUGUAGAUGGAUCAAAACUAUCUAAAAGACAAAAUGAUAUUCAUGUACAAUAUCUUAAAGAUACUGGAUAUUUCCCUGAAGCUAUAAUUAAUUAUGUUGGUAUUUACACUGGAGGAAUAAACCAUAAAGGAACAGCUUGGUCUUAUUCAUUACAAGAGCUUGCUGAAAAAUUUGAUUUAGAAAAUGUUAAUGUGAAGUCAAAUAGAAUGGAGAAAAGAAAACUUGAUAUAUGUAAUCAUCAUUUCCUUUCAAGAUUAAUAGAAGACAAUAAGGAUGCUGUCAAAUUAGUAGAGAAAGCCCAAGAUUUAAUUCAUCAACUGAUUAAAGAGAAAAAUAUAUCUCCCGUUUGUGAUCUGUCAAAUGAGUAUGUAAUGAGGAUACUGAAGUAUUAUAUAAAGGUAACUUUUAAGUUAUUCUAUUUUUAA